GUGGCGGCGAGCUGCGUGCGCCAUGGAGGGCCCGGGCCUGGAGGAAGACGCGCUGCUGCAGAAGCUCAGGAACAGUCGCCGCCGCUUCCAGAGGCGCAUGCAGCAACUGAUAGAGAAGUAUAAUCAUCCCUUCGAGGACGACCCGCUGGUGGACAUGGCCACCCUGACCUACCAGACGCCCCAGGGAUUGAAAAUUUGGGGAGGAAAACUAAUAAAGGAAGGAAGCGAAGGACUGAUCCAGGACCCCCCUGGGAAGUCGGAGGACAGGAUAGAAGGCCCCAGGCGUGCCGCAGCCCAAGGUGACGAGCCUCCCCUGUCCUGCACACCAGUCCUGGGAGCCGAUCCAGGAAGCAGCAAUGCCGGGACAGCUUCCGACGCUGGCCGCCCUGAGGCCCGGGCCUUGCCUGCAGUGCCUCGGAGCCCUCUGGAAAACGCGUUGAGAAGGAAAUACCUGACCCGGGUGGACGCACUGCUUCAAGACGCGGGCUGUUUUCAGGGUGCAGAGAAGAGGGGUGCAGUGGACACACCCAUGUCUCUGGGGCCUUCCUUGGCCUCACCUGCCACGCCCAGCCCUGGAAGCUGUGGACGUGUCCCUGCAGAGAGCCCUGGUGACCCUGCAGAGUCGACUCCCUUCCCCAGAGGGCGGGACCCCUCGGGUCCUUGCCCAGCAGACCUGGCCACGGCACCUAGAAAUGACAGUCCGUCCCUGCUGGGGACCAGCAGCAGCAGCUGCGUGAGCAGCCAGACCUCGGAGGCCGAUGACAUCUGCGAUGUGACGAUCAGCGACCUGUACGCGGGCAUGCUGCACUCCAUGAGCCGGCUGCUGAGCAGGAAGCCCUCGGGCAUCAUCUCCACCAAGACCUUCAUCGUCCAAAGCUGGAGCUCCAGGAGGAGGCACGUGCGCAGGGGCAGAGCUCCCAUGAGCCAGCCGCACGGUGCGGGGGCCCGGCGUUCCGGAAGGGAGAGGCCUGCACCCUGUUCAGAGCCCAGGCAAGAGACGGGACCCUUGAGAGACUGUGAGAACUUAGUGCACGUCACUCGACAUAAGCCAGGUUUAAAACUGGACAAAGCUUUUCUUGCAGGAGACAAGGCCCAAAUGCUUAAAUUAGAUUCAGGUUGCAAGGAACUUCAGGUGACACCCCGUAAGCAUUCUUCAUCGACUUCUUUGGACCUCGACGGAGUGCAUCGUCCUGACCAGGAAAAUAGACUUAUGAUGUUAAAAUGGUUGAUUUCUCCUGUGAAAAUAGUUUCCAGACCAAGAAUGCCACCCCUCCCAUCGGGGAAUCGACGCAGGGAGAUUGAAGUCAGGUUCAACAGGCUUCAUCAAGAGUUUUGCCUGAGUCCUGGGAAACGGUCUUGCCCUGAUGGCCUCCCGGGCUCCUGGGCUCUGGACCUGUACAGAGGUGGUUCUGUGAGCCCAGGGGGCCUCAGGGGCUUAGAAACCCACAGGUGGAGCCUGCCUUUCAGCAAAGCAAAAGCAAAGAGGUUAAGGGAGGCUUUUGAAAACCUGGGCAGAAGAUCUGUGGAAGGAGGCAGAGGCACACCUGAGCGCCAGCCCUCGCCAUCUCAUCUGAAGGACAGCCCCUCACACAGCCGCGGCCGCUCUUGGCAGACGUCCGGCCUCUUUCAGGAACACAGUUCUGGAACAUUCAGAAAGGCACUGCCACCCAGCCAGACGAUGGCAGUGCCAGGGAUAGAGCCUCUGGGCUGUGGGAGGGAUCGCUAUAACGAAAUCAAAGAAAAAUUCGACCAGCUUCAUCAAAAGUAUUGCCAGACGUCACCCCCGCGGGCAAAGGCACCUGCGCACCUUGGAAUGCCUUCAGGCAAAGCCAGCGCAGGUCUGCUCCAAACCCAGGAGCUCUUCGGGAAAUCACAUCGAGACCGUCUCUUCCAGAAGUGGCCACCGUCACCCCAGGGCUCACCUGCAGCUGAGGCUCAUCCCUCUGCACGCUCUGCUCACGCUGCUGGGAGGGACCCUCAGUUCCCGGCAAAAAGACGCAGGCUGUCAGAACCCCAGGUGUGUGGACGCUGGGCUGGUUUCCCGGAUCCCUCAGAGGCGGAUGAAGCUGACCCCGGGCCAGGGGAGCAGGGCAGCCCCGCCCAGGCUGGCUGGUGAGGAGGAGCCUUUCCACCAAGGGGUGCAGCUCCCGCCAGUGGGAGCUUUUCCCCUGUGGUGCUGAGGAGGGAGCCAGAGCCUCACUUGCUCGGCACGCCAGGUGCCACUGAGCUCCCUAGGCCCGGGCUGCCCCUGAAGGGUCCCAGCGGGGCUGUGGGUGGGUUUUCCAGGCGCUCUCCAGGUUGUCUCCUUCCUCUGAAGUCAGUAUUGAUGUCCAGGACGUGUGGGUGUGUGGCUUCAAGAUGGAGCUGGAAUGUUCUGGAAGGAUUUCCGUGUUUUUCUGGACUGCACAGGGGAUCUCCUAACCCCCGCCCAUUACUCCCCACCUUGUCUAUCAGUCUGCCAUUUCCAUCUCCUGGCAGGUGAAAUGGAUCUGGGAAUACUGACCCUCUGUCCCCUUCCCAACUCCUCGGAGGGCCAGCAUGAGAGACAGCAGCCCUCCGGGCUCCCGCACCUCUGGCCCUGCCCCGCUGUGCUGGCUCUCAGCCCUGGGCCACCUCCUUGCUCUGUGGAUCCCUCAGCUGCAGUUUUCCUCUGCCUGUGCCCUUUACUCUCCCCAGAGCAGGUUGGAGAGCAGGCAGGGUGGACAGGGCAGCCGGAAGAAAGUGCCAGGUCUUGGGCAUGGUGGACCGUGUGUCCACAGCCGGGCUCCUGGCGGUGCGGCUCCUUGGCUGGCUGCGGACACUUGUCU